AUGUCAACGCACCCAGAGGUCCUAUGGGCUCAGCGUAGCAGCGAGUCGGACGAUUCAAAGAACGUCAUAUAUCUGACCGUCAGCCUUCCAAAUAUCCACGAUUCAUCACUAAAAUAUGAAUUGAGUCCCGCAAGUAUCAACUUCGCAGCCAAUGCUGGACCCGCAAAUGCCGAAACCAAGCACUACGAGUUUUCUUUGGAUUUAUACAAUGAUAUUAUUCCGGAGCUAUCUCAGCACAAACUUACCUCCCGUUCGUUCACAGCUGUCCUCCGGAAGAAAGACAGGAAACUGGAAUACUGGCCUCGGUUGACAAAGGAAAAGGCCAAGACGCCGUUCGUCAAAACAGACUUUGACAAAUGGGUCGAUGAGGACGAGCAAGACGGAGCCCCUGACGACCAUUUCGGUAUGGAUGGCGGAUUCGGCAAUAUGGAUUUCAGUAAGAUGCUGGGAGGUGAUGCAAAUGAUACAGGCACUGCAAGUGCUGAAUCGGACGAUGACGACGGCCCACCUCCAUUGGAGGACGCUUAA